GGUGCGGAAAGGGUGGUCACUGGGUCAGCUCGUCGGCCCCUGACAUGCUGACAUUGGGGCGGGGACCCGGGAAGGCCCCCACGAAACCCGGAACUCGGGUUUCUCGGGUUUUCUUUGGGCCUGGUCUGUGCUCCUUUCCGUUCUCAGUGUCCGCGCCUCCUGGCAACAGGGACUGGAAAUAGGGGCUUCGACAGACCACUCGUACCUGAGGCCGCCUGGCUGUCCCCAGUGACCUGUGGAUUCUUCCGUUGCUUCCCUCUGAUCAUGGCCAGAUUCUGGGUCUGCGCAGCCGGCGCUGGCUUUUUUCUUGCAAGUCUAGUUUUGCACGCGCGUUUUUGUGGCUCUGGGGUCUUAAGGAACUUUGCCUUUCAAGUUUCCUGGAGAUCGGAGAAACUUCUUUACCGGCUGGAUUUGGGUUGGCCUAAUUAUUCAGAAUACUUCACUGGAGCGACAUUUUGUGUUGCAGUUGACUCUCUCAAUGGAUUGGUUUACGUAGCUCAAAGAGGGGAUAACAUCCCAAAAGUAUUAGUAUUCACAGAGGAUGGAUAUUUCCUGCGAGCCUGGAAUUACACAGUUGACACACCUCAUGGUAUGUUUGCAGCCAGCACACCAUAUGAACAGUCCGUCUGGAUCACAGAUGUAGGAAGUGGAUCCUAUGGUCAUACUGUUAAGAAAUACAAUUCCUUUGGUGAUCUUGUUCAAGUCUUGGGUACUGCAGGCAAAAAAGGCACCGGUUUGAGUCCCCUGCAAUUUGAUAAUCCAGCAGAAUUAUAUGUAGAGGACACAGGAGAUAUUUAUAUUGUGGAUGGAGAUGGAGGAUUGAAUAACAGAUUGAUUAAACUGUCCCAAGAUUUCAUGAUUCUUUGGCUACAUGGAGAAAAUGGGACAGGACCUGCUAAAUUCAAUAUACCUCACAGUGUUACACUCGAUUCAGCUGGACGGGUGUGGGUUGCUGACAGAGGGAAUAAAAGAAUCCAAGUAUUCAAUAAAAUCACUGGAGAGUGGCUAGGAGCAUGGAAUAACUGUUUCAUAGACGAAGGACCUUCUUCAGUCAGAUUUACUCCUGAUGAGAAGUACUUGAUCAUGGCGCAGCUGAAUCUUAGCAGGCUGUUGGUUGUGGCAGCACCCCCGGUGGGAAGCAUUGGUGACUGCUCUGUGGUCAGCACCAUCCAGCUACCAGAUCAGGUUCUGCCACAUCUCCUAGAAGUUGACAGAAAGACUGGAGCAAUCUACGUAGCAGAAAUUGGGGCCAAACAAGUACAAAAAUUUGUCCCUUUUCAUAGCCAUGUUCCUGCAUUCAGUACAUAGUGGGUUUUUUUGGUAUUGUUUUAUUUUGUUUUCCUGGAGAUACUUCAUGUGUCAGUUCAAAUUCUCAGAUUUGUUAAUCGUUGAAAAGUGGGGUUCAAGCACAAAAUUUUAAUUUUAUCUGAUCUGGUAACAAAAAGAUCCAUCAAUAGAUCAUGAUAUGUCACUUUUUGUGGGACUUAGUUUUAUGUACUAAGUGUGUAAAGAUGUUUAAAUGAAAGAAAUUAAUUUUUAAAAUGGGGUCAGAGAGGACCCAAGAUGGUAACCUAGUUACUUACCGAAGUGGAUUAACUCUUCUUGGGUAAACAAUAGGGAUAAAAAUGAGUACUGCGAUAAUUCAUUGAAUUUCAUGUGAAGAACUAUUAACUCUUCCUGGGUAAACAAUAGGGAUAAAAAUGAGUACUGCGAUAAUUCAUUGAAUUUCAUGUGAAGAACUAUUAACUCUUCCUGGGUAAACAAUAGGGAUAAAAAUGAGUACUGCGAUAAUUCAUUGAAUUUCAUGUGAAGAACUAACUAUAAAGCUCCAGUUUGUUGAACAUACAUAAUAUGAGCUGCUUCUGAGAUUGUGACAAAGAUGGGACAUUGAGUCCUCUGAGUGCUUGUGGAGUGGUAGGUACUGAAGCUACAAAGUGAAGCUCACUCUCCUGAAGACCCUGAAUAGCUUACAGUCCAGAGGGGAGACUCAGGCAGCAGUGAGCAGUGACAGCAACACAUACGGUUGAUGGGAUUUUGAAGGAAAAGCACCAGAUCUGACUGAGAGAUUCAUGGAGACUACAGUCAGCUUGAGUUUGGGCUUAAAGUCUUAAGAGGAACAGUAUGGUCUUAGUAGAGAAGUUCUAGGAAGUUAUAAACUUGCUGUGAACUUUGAUAUGCAUUCAGGCCUUUUUUAUUGAAGUCCAACUUGACAUUGGUUCCUUAGCUAUCAGAUCUUCAUGUCAGCCUUUGAGUAUGCAAUAAGAUGGCUGACAUCUAAGCACUUUACUGGAAGGAGUUUUAAAAAUAAGUAAAACUUUUUAAAGUUAGUCUUAGAAAUGGAGCCCCUCUUCUAUUCUUAUUAAAGUAUGAAAUAAAUUCAUUCCUAACAUUUGUCUACCUCAAAGAAAUUUCAGAGUUAUUUAUAUGGAGAUGUGCCAAACACUUUGAGUUAUGAAGAUGAGAAAUUUCCUACCUUUUUAUUUCUGCUCCCACUUCAGUUGGUUUGAAUAUUGGCUUCCUAAUUAGAAUGAUUUUUCACUUUGUUCUAGUUUUAUUCUAGGUUUUGGUAGAACUUUGCCAAAUUAAAAUCUUUCAGAUAGUUCUUAGCCUCUCUUCAUUCAGCUACCCUCUUUAUCCUAGUGUUUUACUGUGAAUGCUUUGCAAGUUACCCAUUCUCACUGGGGCAGGGGGAGGGGUUCUGUUUUCCAGAAUGAAAGAAUUCAACCUUGUUUUGAUGCUUUGGAUCAUGUCAUAGAGUAGUUGGGGAGGUAAAUCAAUAGCAAUAAUAGGCCCUAUUCUGAAUCCUGAGUCCAUUGAUAAAUGUGUUGCGCAAGUGAUUGGACUCCAAGAUCUUCAACAAGUUUCCUUAGUUUUCUCUUGAGUAAUGUGGGAACAUUGUUGUCUUUCCUUCUGCAUGAAUGCUGUGGGCAUCAUAGGUGCAGCUGGUGCAAAUGUGCCUUGAAGUUUGUAGGUAUGCUCCAAGCAUUUAUUAACCAAUCCUUCUAAAUAUGCUAUGUACACGAUACCAAGCACUAGGUUUUGUCUUGCUUUUGUGUUCAUGGCUUUUUUCAAAAUGUAUCCCGAUGAACCUUUAUGCAGUUUAGCUAAUAUGAUAUGGGAUUUCAAAGAGUAAUUUGAGGCUUUAUAUUUGGUUUGCAAACCACAACAAGACAUGCAAAUGUGUCUUUGAAGGAAUGUAGGUUAGGUAAACUGAUUUUAUCAUUUCUAAAUUGUUUUGUUUAACUUUUAUAUCAGAUUUUUAUAGAACUUGCUGAAAUGUUCUUGUAUGUCUCAUAAAAAGUGAUUGUGAGUGGGGCCAGGGAUUUAGCUCAGUGAUGCCAGUGCCUGCCUCACAAGCACAAGGUCCAGAGUUCAAUCCCCAGUGCCAAAAAAAAAAGUGAUUGUGCACAUACUUGCAAUUACAGUGUUUUACUUUUCUCCUUUGGAUGAAUUGGUUAAUGAAUGAGAAAUAUAUUUUUCAUUAAAAGUACAUAUUGAAAUUGUGGAAUAAAAGGUCAUUAUCACCUGGCAGUCCAGUUAAAGAUUUCUUUUACUGUCACAAAGCAAUUUAUAGCUUCUUUUUUCCUCUGAAGAAUUUCAGCAAUUGUGUGAUCAUAGGUUGGGACAAAGAGAAUAUCCUUGUCUCCAUACUCAAAAUCAUAAGCUGAUGUGCAUAAAUAUUGGUUGUUGUUGUUGGAAGACAUAAAUAGUAUGGUUUCAUUUGAGAUGGUCAAUAGGUACAACUGACAGAAAUAACUAGCUAAUUGCAUUCCUAAAAUAGAAGUAGAACCUCUUUAUCUCUCUACUUUCUAGGUUUAUUCCUGGGAUAGAAAGGGAAAUUCCAAGGCAAUAGGUAUCAGAAAACCAAGGCUAUAUGUAUCUUUCCUAUAAAAAAAGAAGCCUCAACUAUAAGAUUGACUACUUAAAGUGGAAUUGUUAGAGAAAACUUGGAUGCAAUUUAAAGCUAAGCAAAGAGAAUCCAUAAUUUGUUUUUUAGAUCACUUAACAAAAGACUGCUUCAAUAACUAUGGCUGUGAGGCUAAGACAACAAAUUCCUGAAUUAUUUUAUUUUUGCUGGUUUUAAACAUUCGUGCAUUUUCAAGCAGGAUAGGUUGUUUGGCCAACAUUAAAACUGAGAAUUUUUAGAUUUCUACUUCUUAGGCUCACUAAACUAGAAUCAUAAAAAGUUAUAAAUUUAUGACUUUGACUUUCUCUGUUUUCUGCAAUGCAUUUUCAGCAAUAAAUAGAACAUUUUUACAGUCAGUGAACAAAAAUUUGAGACAACAAAUAGUAAGCAAGUGUCCUCUGCUCUAGUAAUUUCCGGAACACAACCUCACACCUUUAUCUUUUAGUGCUUCCUGGAAGAUACCCUGUUCUGGCACUUCUGUUGUGUUACAUUCUUGAGACAAAAGGGGGCAGUAGAGUUUUGCUUGUGAUAAGAAUUUCUUGAAAUAAAUGUGAGCAAAUGUUGACCUCCUUUAUAUUUUUAAUUUUUAAAAUUAAAUCUGUGUUAAACAUGCUUGGACUUUUUUCUCUUUUUCUUCAGCUUGUUUACAUCUUUAGCAAGUUGGUUUAUAGGUGACACAUUUUCCAAGGGUUUUUGGAAAUUUUUACUGCUUAAUUGGAUUUAUUUCCAUUAAGAAAAAUGUUUUCAAUAAUUCAAACUAACAGCCAAAGUUGAGUAACUCAUUUGAAGCAAAAAUGAUUAUGUGAGUUUUGUACAGUGGAAAUGAUUAUAUGAUUUUGUAAUUUUCUUACAGUGGAAAAUAUAUUUAUAUUAGAAAAUCAUUCUUUUUCUUAAUAUUAUUUUUUAAAAGCAAUUUUACCUUGUAGUUGCUGAUUGUUUUACACAUAGGAAAAAUGGGUUAAGGCCAAAUCAGUUCUAUAAUCGGCAUUUAUGGAGUAACUCUUCUAUGUGCUUCAUAACAUGUAGAUACUUCCUUUGUAUACAAGAGGUGAAUAGAAUUUGAGCAAUAAAAAGAGCAUUUUAAAAAACUUUUAUUUCUUCUACUGCAAAAAAUCAAAAAAUACUGUUAAUUCUGCUUCUAAUUCCUGAAACAAGCAUGUCUCUAGGUAUACUGUCCUUUGAAUGCAGUCUUUAAUAGGCUAGAUUAAUGUGCAUGUUUCUCAAGUUAAUAUCAUAAACAUCUCAAUUUGCUUUACUAUUUUAUUCCCAGGAAAGAAAAUUUUAGUAGCAUUGUUUAAUUUAGUUCUUAACCAUUACAACUAUAAUUUGUUACAAAAAAAUCUUAAUAUUACAUACAAAUUGUCAGUUGCUAAACUUAAAUUUUUAUUAACAUUUUUCUUCACAGUUUAAAGGAAUAUGUAAAUGUCUGUCUUUCAGUAUUACUGUUUUUAAAUUUAAAAAAAUGUUAGGUAUACCAUUCAAAACAAUGUUGAAUGAUAAAUGACAGUAGUGGAAGGGGAUAUACUUAUUUUAAUGGUCUUGUUAGUAUUUCAUUAAUUAGUACAAUAUUUAAAUUUGGGAAAUUUUGUUUGUUCUUUUAAUCUAAUAGGGCUUAUGAAGAAUAAUUAACUUCAUAAAAUUGCUUUUGGUAUUGAUUUAUACACCAUAUUAGUACAGCAUAAUGAGUUUUAACAAUUUUUCUUUGUUUUAAAACUGAAAAAAAUUUUCCUUGGUUAAAAUAUCUUCCUUAAAGUAUUUCUGUUGAAACAAAGAGGGCAGUAGAAGUCUAUGUAUGUACAUAUUACUCUACUGAUUUCCAAAAGGAAUUAAGAAUUUCCUUAUACUAAAUUAUUUAGAAUUAAGAUAGAAUAAUGCCAGAAAUUGUAUUGAGGGAGGAAUAGUAUAUUCCAAACCUGGACUAAUAAUAUAGUAAUUAAGCGUUGUUACUUCUGAGUAGUUGUGGGGGAGAAAGGAAAAUGUAGAUAUAUGAUUCUUACCUGAUAAAAGCAAAUAGAUCAAUUCUUUAAAGAGCAUUGUUUUUCCUAUUUAUAUUGCAUGUAUUUUUAUGGUGAAACAAAACAGCACAUCUUCAAAAAUGUAGUAUAAUAUGAAUCUUUAUGUGAUGAAGAAUCAAGGAUGAUGCAAAAAAAAAGGAUAAAAUCUAAACCA